AUGGAAUUUAAGCCAUCGGAAAACUACACUGCAGUGAUCGACUUCCUCAUUCUGGGAUUAACGGAUGAUCCCUUUCUUUGUGUCAUUCUCUUUUUGUUAUUUAUGGGGAUAUAUUUAUUCACUGUAAUGGGAAAUUUCUGUACAAUCAUUCUAAUUAGGCUGAGUCCCCAGCUUCACACGCCCAUGUACCUCUUUCUGAGUCAUUUGGCUUUUGUCGAUGUUGGGUAUUCCACAUCUGUUACACCUAACUUGCUAGUGAAUUUCAUGGUGGAGAAAAACAUCAUUACUUAUCCUGGAUGUGUAACCCAAUUAUGUUCCCUUGUCACCUUUGGGGCCACAGAGUCCUUCUUACUUACAUUCAUGGCAUAUGACCGCUACAUGGCCAUUUGUAACCCAUUGCUUUACUCUGUGAAAAUGUCUGAUCAGGUCUGCUCUCUCUUAAUCAUGACUUCCUAUGCUGGUGGCUGUUUGAAUGGGGUAACUUAUACAGGAUGUUUAUUGAAUUUAUUCUUCUGUGGCCCUAAUGUAAUCAAUCACUUUUUCUGUGACUUCUCUCCUUUGGUAAAACUUUCCUGUCAUCAUGUCUUUAUAGCAGAAAUACUUCCUGCUAUCUACUCAGCAAUAAUAAUAGCUAUAGCUCUUAUAACCAUCGCCAUCUCCUAUCUGUACAUCUUCUUCACCAUUCUCAAUAUGAAUUCAACAGAAGGAAGACACAAAGCCUUCUCCACUUGUACCUCUCACCUCACUGCAGUCACUCUUUUCUAUGGAACCAUUAUAUUCAUUUACGUGAUGCCUACAUCCAGCUACUCCACAGAUCAGAACAAAGUGGUGUCCAUCUUCUAUAUUGUGGUGAUCCCAAUGUUGAACCCCAUGAUCUAUAGCCUGAGGAACAAAGAGAUUAAAGAUGCCUUAAAAAGGCUAGUUAGUAAUAAAAGACAUUCUUAA